AUGGCCAGAGAGGAGUGCAAGGCGCUGCUGGACGCGCUUAAUAAGACCACAGCGUGCUAUCAUCACUUGGUGCUGACUGUGGGGGGCUCCGCGGACACACAGGACCUGCGCGAGGAGCUGCAGAAGACCCGCCAAAAGGCGCGCGAGCUGGCCGUGGCAACAGGCGCCCGGUUGACUGUCGCGCUGCGUGACCGGGGCUUGGCGACCGAGGAGCGCGCGGAGUUCGAGCGGCUCUGGGUGGCCUUUUCGGGCUGCCUGGACCUGCUCGAGGCAGACAUGCAGCGCUCACUGACGCUGGGAGCAGCUUUCCCGCUGCACGCGCCGCGCCGGCCACUCGUGCGCACUGGGGUGGCUGGCGGCUCCUCUGCAGUGGCCGCGCGCGCCCUGAGCGCACGUAGCCUGCGACAUGAGGCCGAGGGAGACUUCGACGUCGCCGACCUGCCUGAGUUGGAGCGCGAAGUCCUUCAAGUGGGCAAGAUGAUCGACGACAUGGAAAUGAAAGUCAACGUACCCCGCUGGAGUGUGCAGGCGCGACAGGCAGCGGGCGCCGAACUCCUGUCCGGUGCAAGUGCUGGUGCGUCCUCGGCUGGUGGCAUUUCGGUACAGGAACGUCCGGGACCCUGCGACCCCAGCAAGGCCCUGGCCGCCACUGUUUUCAGUGCCGUGCUGCUGGUGGCUGUGGCACUCGCCUUAUGUGUGGCAAAGUUGAGCUGA